AUGUCAACCAUUAUCUUAUCUCCAAUUGUUAUUACAAAAAACAAAAUUCGACCUUCAACACCUGUUCGUCGUCGAUGUUUAGCAUCACUUCAAUGUAAUUUAACACAUAAUAUUACUAUUGAACAAGUAUUACUUAAACUUAUUGAUCGUUUACAAGAUUCAACAGACUCAUCAACACAAUUACUUAUACGUUUAUAUCAACAUAAAUCUUUACGUCUUAUUGAUGAACCAAAAAAAUUAUCUUUAUUUCAAGAAGAAAUUUAUUCUGGCCUACGUCGUCUUCAUCCAUCUAUUGUAAAUUCAUCUUUAUUGAAUCAAGAAAAUCAAAUGAAUAUUACAAUGCCACAACCUAUUAUAACUGGUCGAUCUGGACAAGCUACAAUUAGAAAACUUCAUUAA